CUCCCUCACGCUAAUCUCCAGUCUUCUGUUAAAGGCCGUCGCCGCCCUUAUUUCGUAGGGCAAAAUCUCAAUUACCAUAAACACUCUCUCUCUGGCUUCGAAUCUUUAAACCAAACAGUCGUAUCUUCCCUUAUCUCCCUCUAUCGCUGCCGCCUCAAUGUCUCAGGUUGAUAACAGAAAUUCUUCAGCAGCCAAGCGUGCUAGAACUGAUGGUAGUCGUAGGGAAGAUGAUUGGACGUGCCCUAGUUGUGGGAAUGUCAAUUUUUCAUUUAGGACUGCUUGCAAUAUGCGCAAUUGCACUCAAUCCCGGCCAGCUGAUCAUAAUUCAAAAUCUGCAGCCAAGCCUGUGCAAGCCCCACAGAAUUACUCGUCCUCAGCUCCUUAUGUAGGUUCUGGUGCACCAUCUUCAAUGUAUCUGGGUGUGCCACCUUAUGGUUCUUCCCUCUUCAACGGUUCUUCAAUUCCGCCAUAUGAUGUUUCUUUUUCUGGAGGAUCAGCUUAUCAUUACAAUUAUGGCAGUCGUCUUUCUGGUGGCAGUCCCUAUCGGCCGCUGCAUAUGUCUGGACCACCUGCUUAUUCUAGUGGAUCUAUGAUUGGAAAUGGUAUUGGUGGAAUGUAUGGCAUGCCUCCUUUGAUGGAUCGGUAUGGCUUGGGGUUGCCCAUGGGCCCUCCUCCAAUGGGACCAAGGCCAGGGUUUUUUCCAGAUGAUAAAUUGCAGAAAAAGGGUGCCGAUGCUACACGUGAUAAUGAUUGGACAUGCCCAAAGUGUGGGAAUAUUAACUUCUCUUUCAGAACUGUCUGUAACAUGCGGAAAUGCAACACACCAAAGCCUGGAUCUCAGGCUGCAAAAUCAGAUAAAAAUUCAAAACAAAAGAUGCCUGAGGGGAGCUGGAAGUGUGAAAAAUGUAGCAAUAUUAACUAUCCAUUCAGGACUAAGUGCAACAGACAAAAUUGUGGGGCUGACAAACCAGCUGAGUCCAAAAAGUCCCCUUCACCAACAGCAAACGAAAAUGAUCAGUGAGUUCUAGGACAUGUUUGAGGGUUGAGAAGGUCCAGAGUUGUCGUCCAGCUUUGCUCAAUAUGGGUGUCUGAAAGUCAGUCUUGUCAUCAUCAUGUUGCAGCGGUUGUCAAGUUACUCUAUCUUCUCAUGAUCAGUGUCCAGUUGUUGUAUUCAUGCUGUGGUAUUUGUGGUCUUUAUGGAUCGUUGGUGCAUUAUGUGUCAGCCAUCUUAAUCUGCAAAAUAUUUUACAGGUUGGUUCUGGUUUCUAUUAGUUAGGUUUUGUACUUUGGAAUCAACUCAUCUAUUCUAGUGAGCAUGUUACUGUGGACUUAGCUUUGAUGCUAGUGGGGAAAGAUUCUGCAGGUUGCAUGUUUCUUGUUUUCAUUCAGUUUCAGAUUGUCUGUGUUGAGUUGUCAUUGUUUCAACAGAAAGCUUCUGUUAGAAGCAUAUGAAGUACUCAACUUCAUUAAUUAGAUUUAUGUCAGGUAAUGUGGUAGUAGGAAA